AACAUCUUGCUCAUUUACUCAGCAAGUUUUAUUGAGGGUCUGCUAUGAAUCCAGCACACAUGACAAUAGAGUUUGAGUGAGGCCUUGCAUCUCCUCAGCCUCAAUUUCCGCAUUUGUACUGCAAACCAACCUCCUUGGGCUCCUGUGGGUCUAUUAAGGAAGCACUUGGCUCUCAAGAGCAGAAAAUAUUAGUUCCCUUUACACUCACCCCUCACAUUGCUGCUGGAACGCCCCACCCACCCCAUGCCUGCAGAGGAACACUCGCCAUUUUGCAAGAAGCCUCGGGUCUUACCGACAGUUACAGCGGUUCGGGUAUUCUGCCACAGGGCGUGAGGAAUCUCCUGGAGCUACUCUUUGGGCCUGAAAGCCUUUUCCUUCCUUGUCCCCCGUCCCCUCUCCCUCAGCACCUUGCCCCUGGGGCACUGGAGGCAGCUGUGACACCUGGACCGCUUCUGGGCCUCACUUCUUCCUCUGGCUCAUGCAGGACAGUGACAGCGCCCACCUCACAGGCCCUCACGGGCCGUGUUCGAAUUUAGCUGAGACCACGCACCGAAAAGCCUGAACCCAGAGCCUGGCUGGAACUGACCACUCAGCAACAGCCAAUAGCUCUCCAGCCGACGUCAGAACAGGGGACUCCAAACCCUGGAGGGCCUGGCACCGGUCGCGGGUUAGGGAGGAGCGCCGCCUAGCGGCCAGUCCUGAUCGCCGCUUCUUCUCGGCCGGGGAGAGAGAAAUCUAGCGGAGCCCGCAGCGCCAUCCGGAAAGCGACGCUUAGGAGGAAAGAAGCGGCAACCGGCCGAUCCUGCUGGGGAAAGAGGACUUACGAGAGUGAGGGGAGUCGUUUGCAGAGAGCUUUCUCUGCCUCUGCCCUAGAUCUCCAACAGAGAGACCUCGACCUCGGGGUGAAGAAGAGGUGGCGUUUAGACCUCGGAGGAACUUCCGCGACACGUCCAGCAAGGCGCGGUCUUAUUCGAGGCGCCAGGAAGGGCUGGUUCCUCCGGGCCCGGCGGUCUGGGCCAGGCAGGGCGCGUUCUGCCCCGAGGCUGGCUGCGCCCUGCCCCGCUCAGGCCCCAAAGAAAGAAAGCGCGGCGUCAGCCUGGGCCUCGCCGGCUCGCGAUGUGCGCCUCAGCACUUUCCGUUGUGACCCCCGCGAGCUGGACCAGCAGCAUGAGCAGCACCGCCGCGCCCGGCCCGGCGACCGCCUGCCUCACCCUCUGGGACGAGGAGGACUUCCAGGGCCGUCGGUGCCGGCUGCUGAGUGACUGCGCGAACGUCAGCCAGCGCGGAGGCCUGCGCAGGGUGCGCUCCAUCAAGGUGGAAAACGGCGCAUGGGUGGCCUUUGAGUACCCCGAGUUCCAGGGACAGCAGUUCAUUCUGGAGAAGGGAGACUAUCCUCGCUGGAGUGCCUGGAGCGGCAGCAGCGGCCACCCCAGCAACCAGCUGCUCUCCUUCCGGCCCGUGCUCUGCGCGAACCACAGUGACAGUCGCGUGACACUGUUUGAAGGGGAAAACUUCCAGGGUUGCAAGUUUGAACUGAGCGAUGACUACCCAUCCUUGCCCUCCAUGGGCUGGACCAGCAAGGAUGUGGGAUCCCUCAAAGUCAGCUCUGGAGCGUGGGUGGCCUACCAGUACCCAGGCUACAGAGGCUACCAGUAUGUACUGGAGCAAGACCGGUACAGCGGGGAGUUCUGUAAUUACAGUGAGUUUGGUACCCAGGCCCACACUGGGCAGCUGCAAUCCAUUCGGAGAGUCCAGCACUAGGUUCCAUGGCCCCAGUCACCUCCCUUGAAGGCCCUCAAUA